CCCGUUUCUCCAAUUUUGGCGAUUUUCUAACGCAAAGGUAUCACUGACUUCACUGCGCUGGAUGUGUGUUCGCGCAAACAGCCCCAAUUUCUUCUGCUGAGCUCACGGAUCGAGGCACCGUGCUGCUUCUGAGAUGUGAUGCUUCAGGAUACUUGGGCACUGAAAGAACACAAUUUGAGGUCUGUAUGGUGUCAAACGCACUGAGCUGUGAGGCAAACAGCUCACCACAAGAGCGUCUGGGCUCAGCAGGAAGUGCCGCCAUAUUAACUUCCAGGUCAACUUCGGCCGUCAUGUGGGCCAGAUGUCUGCUCUUCCUCUGCAUCUUGAUAGCUCCCAUCGCCAUAGCCCACAGCCGUGCCCCAAUCCCGAUGGCGGUGGUGCGGAGGGAGCUUUCGUGUGAGUCGUACAACAUCGAGCUGCGCUGCCCGGGCACUGACGUCAUCAUGAUCGAGAGCGCCAACUAUGGGCGAACUGACGACAAGAUCUGCGACUCGGACCCAGCCCAGAUGGAAAACACGCGAUGCUACCUGCCUGACGCGUACAAGAUCAUGUCACUCAGAUGCAACAAUCGAACGCAGUGUGCAGUGGUGGCCGGUCCUGAUGUAUUCCCUGACCCCUGUCCUGGGACAUACAAGUAUCUGGAAGUCCAGUAUGAAUGUGUGCCAUAUAAAGUAGAACAAAAAGUCUUUCUCUGCCCUGGGAUCCUGCGUGGAGUCUACCAGAGUGAGCACCUCUUUGAGUCGGACCACCAGUCUGGAGCAUGGUGCAAAGACCCUCUCCAGGCCUCGGACAAGAUCUACUACAUGCCCUGGACACCAUACCGCACUGACACACUCACCGAAUAUUCUUCUAAAGAGGACUUCAUAGCGGGACGCCCCACCACAACUUACAAACUGCCCCAUCGUGUUGACGGGACUGGUUUUGUGGUUUAUGACGGUGCACUUUUUUUCAACAAGGAACGCACAAGAAAUAUUGUAAAGUUCGACUUGCGUACACGUAUCAAAAGUGGAGAGGCCAUAAUUGCUAACGCUAACUAUCACGAUACUUCGCCAUAUCGUUGGGGAGGCAAGUCAGACAUUGAUCUCGCCGUGGAUGAGAAUGGCUUAUGGGUGAUUUAUGCAACUGAACAAAAUAAUGGCCGUAUUGUAGUAAGCCAACUCAAUCCAUAUACGUUAAGAAUCGAGGGGUCCUGGGACACAAACUAUGAUAAACGCUCGGCUUCAAAUGCAUUCAUGAUCUGCGGGGUGCUUUAUGUGGUGAAAACAGUUUAUGAAGAUGACGAUAAUGAAGGGACAGGGAACAAGAUAGACUACAUGUAUAAUACAGACAAGAGCAAAGAAAUGACUGUGAAUAUCCCAUUCCCAAACUCCUACCAGUACAUUGCUGCAGUGGAUUACAACCCCCGAGACAACCUGCUCUAUGUGUGGAAUAACUACCACGUGGUCAAGUACUCCCUGGACUUCGGCAACAACGACUUUCGGCCCCCAGUGAUGCCCCCAAACAGAGGAGGGGGAGGAGGCUCUUCUUCUACCAGUCGCACAACAACUACGCGUGCCCCUCCAUACUACACCACACCCAGACCUCUCCUCACCACCUCUCCUGGUCAACGCUACCGGACCACCACUACCAUACGGCCCCCCAUGCUCAACCCUGCUGGGGGGUCGUCAUCUGACACCAACCAGAUCCCAGACCUAAACCAGAAAGGGCCCGGUCGAUCGCCUGCAGUAGUGGUCCAACCUCCAGCCGCCCCCCAGCCCCCUGUGAUGCCCCCUCAGGACUUCUGCACGCCCCGGAUCACAGCAGAUAUAUCCUGGCCGCGCACCCAGCAGGGACAGCUCGCCAAGCAGCCCUGCCCAGUGGGGACUCUGGGCGUGGCUACGUACAUGUGCAUGUCCCAUUUGGGCUAUUGGGAUCCCCAAGGCCCGGACCUCAGCAACUGCACAUCGCCUUGGGUCAAUCACAUCAUGCAGAAACUGCGCUCAGGUGAGACAGCUGCCAUAGUGGCCCGAGAGCUGGCAGAGCAGACCAAAGGGCUGCUAAGGCCUGGAGACGUGCCCUCCACAGUCAGAGCCAUGGCCCAGCUCGUCGAACUCCUGGAUGUCCAGCUAAGGAACCUGACCCCAGGAGGCAAGGACAGCGCCGCCCGCAGUCUCACCAAGGCCAUGGUGGAGACAGUGAAUAAUCUGCUGCAUCCCCGAGCCCAGGCGGCGUGGAGAGAGCUCCCCACCAGUGAGCAGCUGCACUCAGCCACGUUGCUCCUCGACACUGUGGAGACGGGCGCUUUCAUGUUAGCUGACAAUCUACUCAAGACAGACACUGUGCAGGAGACCACUGACAACAUCCAGCUGGAAGUGGCGAGGUUGAGCACCGAUGGAAACCUUGUGGACUUGACAUUCCCCCAAUCUGAGCUACACGGAAACUCCAUCCAACUGUCAGCCAGCACUCUCAAGCAACACGGACGAAAUGGUGAGAUCCGGAUGGCCUUUGUCCUCUACAGAAAUCUGGGCUCGUACCUGUCCACAGAGAACGCCAGUGUCAGACUGAGCAGUGAGGCGGUGUACCCCAACUACUCUGUGAUCGUCAACUCCCCGGUCAUCACCGCCUCUAUUAACAAAGAGAGCAAUAAAGUAUACCUGUCCGAACCUGUGGUCUUCACUGUCAAACACUUACAGCAUUCCGAAGAGAACUUCAAUCCCAACUGUUCCUUCUGGAGCUACUCCAAACGCACCAUGACGGGAUUCUGGUCGACACAGGACUGUCGUCUGCUGGCCACAAACCGCACACACACCAGCUGCUCCUGCACGCACCUCACCAGCUUCGCCGUGCUCAUGGCCCACGUGGAGGUCAAGAAAGCAGACAGUAUGCAUGACCUGCUCCUGGACGUCAUCACCUGGGUGGGGAUCCUGCUGUCUUUGGUCUGCCUGCUCAUCUGUAUUUUCACCUUUUGCUUCUUCCGCGGUCUUCAGAGUGACCGUAACACCAUCCACAAGAACUUGUGCAUCAGCCUCUUCAUCGCAGAAUCACUCUUCCUCGUGGGGAUCAACCGAGCGGACCAGCCGAUUGCCUGUGCUGUCUUUGCCGCCCUGCUGCACUUCUUCUUCCUGGCAGCCUUCACCUGGAUGUUCCUGGAAGGCGUUCAGCUCUACAUCAUGCUGGUGGAGGUGUUUGAGAGCGAGCACUCCAGGACUAAGUACUUCUACCUGGCAGGUUACGGCGUGCCCGCCAUCAUCGUGGCUGUGUCGGCAGCAGUGGACUACCGCAGCUAUGGCACGGACCGAGUGUGCUGGCUACGAUUAGAUACAUAUUUCAUCUGGAGCUUUAUAGGGCCUGCUACACUCAUCAUUAUGCUUAAUGUAAUCUUCCUGGGCAUAGCUCUUUAUAAGAUGUUCCACCAUACAGCUAUCCUCAAACCGGAUUCGGGAUGUCUGGAUAAUAUCAAGUCCUGGGUCAUUGGGGCCAUAGCGCUGCUGUGUCUGCUGGGCCUCACCUGGGCUUUUGGCCUCAUGUACAUCAAUGAGAGCACUGUUAUUAUGGCAUACCUCUUCACCAUCUUCAACUCGCUGCAGGGCAUGUUCAUCUUCAUCUUCCACUGUAUACUGCAAAAGAAGGUGCGGAAAGAGUACGGCAAAUGUCUGCGUACUCACUGCUGCAGUGGUAAAAGUGUGGAGACUUCCAUCUCCUCCUCCAGUAAGACCACCACGUCUCGGACCCCAGGCCGCUACUCCACAGGCUCUCAGGUGAGCUUACCUGCCUGCACACCUGGACGCUACAGCACAGCAGACUCCCAGAGUCGAAUUCGGCGCAUGUGGAAUGACACUGUGAGGAAACAGGAGUCUUCCUUCAUCACUGGAGACAUCAACAGCUCAGCUACUCUCAACAGAGAGGGCAUUUUGAACAAUGCCAGAGACUCCAGCGUGAUGGACACUCUUCCUCUUAAUGGUAACCACGCCAACAACUACAGCAUGGCCAGCAGCGAGUACCUGAGCGACUGUGUCCAAAUCCUGGACCGCAGCGGGGGAUACGGUACCCAUAGCAACCACAAGGAGACCACUCUAGAGAAGAAGAUCCUGAAGGAACUGACCUCCAAUUACAUCCCAUCCUACCUGAACAACCACGAGAGAGCUACCACAGAGCGCAACCACAACCUCAUGAACAAGCUGGUCAACAGCAGCAUGGCCAAUGGAGGGAGCAUGCCAGGCAGUAGUAGCAGCAGCAGCAGCGGCGUCAGUGGGUGCGUGGUCAGCUCCAAAGAAGACCCCGGCCCCAUGGUGCUGGACAACCCUGCAGCCUUCCCCCACGAGGAGAACCUGGGCCUGGAGAUCAUCAGAGAGGAAUCCAACGCCCCUCUGCUCCCCCCGCGACCCCCACCCCCGGACAGCCACCCACCUCCACCCCCUCCGCCCCACAGCUUCUCCAGGCCCCGCCGCAUGCCCCAGGAGACCAGUGAGAGCUUCUUCCCUUUACUGACCAAUGAGCACACAGACGAGCACACGCACUCGCCCAGUCACAGAGACUCUCUUUACACCAGCAUGCCCGUGCUCACCGACCUGCCCGACGCGCACAUGAACGGGCUGACCGACGGAGAGGACGAGAGUUCGGGGGAGCUUCAGCCUUGUAAGAGCGCCACUGCCCCCGAGCUGGAUGACGUCUACUACAAGAGCAUGCCUAACUUGGGGUCCAGAAACCACCUCCAUGAAUUGCAAAGCUACUACCACAUGGGCCGUGGUGGCAGCGAUGGGUAUAUGGUAUCAGAAAAUAAGGACGAGUCGGAUUCCUCGCCCGAAGAGCCCCCCGUAGACCCUUCUCACCUGGUUACAAGUCUAUAGAGCUGUCCCUAAGACUCCUAUCCCUCCCCUUGGACAAAAACUGUUCCCAACUUCUGAAUCUGACAGACAGAGCUAGCCCGAGAUCGCCAAAUAUUUGUGACACUUACUUCUGUGGUUGCCGGUAAAAGUGCAAGCAGGAAACUGAAUGUAUUGUCAUGAAUGGAGUCAGUGGGCGGAUCUAUGUAAGACAAUUACUUGCAAAUGAAAAGGAAAUGGGGAGGGAUUUUGUAAUUUUCUUCACUGUUACUUUACUAUGGAAUCUUUGGAUUGAUCGUAGCUCUGCGAAUCCCUCAAUAUGGACCUUCUUUAGCAGAUCAUAGCAUAUAGUGUCCAAAACCUGGUUAAAGGACCUGUCCGUCUGUCCGUCUGUCCUCUCUGUAACUCUCAAAGACUUGGAUGAAACUUCUCCAAAGGGAAAGAGCAGGUAGUAAACAGUGCACAACAUGAACUAGCCACGAAAAGGCGCCGCCCCUUUACCUGCCAAUCAAAAUGGAGGAUGGACUUUGACUUCAUAUCCUCAUCCUGAAAUGACUUGGGGGCGAACAAACUGUAAACAUAUCACUCCGAUGUUCUCUCUUCCUGUUUCAUAUCUGCUAAAAUGGAGUUGUGUCUGGGCUGGUGUAACAUUCCUGCGACUUGUAGUGACUGCGGCUACUGUGUAUUUCAAUGAAAAAUAAGGAAGAUCAUAUUACAGACUUGAUAGAAAAAAAUCGGUUACCUUUCCUUUCUUCUGUAAGCAUUUUUUCUGUUAUCAAAAGGAUUAUGAAGAAAUCACAACUAUUUCUAUGUAUUGUACAGAAUACAGAUACAAAUGUUGCAUAUGACCAAGUCUUAUUUUUUACAUAUGAGUUUACAAAUCUUUUUUUGUCUGUGGAACUGUUCAGAAAUGUCUUGAUGCUCUGGUGUAGAAGGAGCAAGGAACUACCAUAUCUCUUAAUACUUUUUCAUCAAUACAAAGACAAUGAAGCACUUCUUAAUUAUAACACAUAUACCUGACACUCUUCAUCCUGGACCUUUUAUAGACACACCGCUAUCACUCACUUUUGAGAUCAAUUACUACUAUACUUUACCACUGUGUAGUUUUGAAGUUACGGAGCUGGUUACUAUGGUGAUUCAUGAAAGCGUUUACUAGUCUGGAGCCCACAGUAAAAUCAGAAAUGAAUGGAAGAAUAUACUCUCUUUUGCCAAAUACUAAUUGACGUUAACUGAUGUGCUGGCUGUUACUGUACAGAACAAAAGAGAAUCUAAAUGUCAUUGUUGGAAGAAAGAGAGAAAAGCAGAAGGGAGUUUUGACCCCUGAAAUGCCAAGAUUACACUGUAUAUGUGUAGUGAACAAAUGUGAAAACCACUGCAGCACUGUCCAAUAUGGAGAUGCCAAUGUUUACUUUACGUAGGAGGAUCAAUUGGUAAAGUGUAUGAAGUCUAGCUUGCACAUGUAUCCCACGAGCCCCCUCCAUCAUAUCCCUGAGAGAGAAAUUAUUUAUUUAUCUGUUUAUUGGUUUAAAGAUGGCAAAACAAGCUUGGGAGGGUAGAGGCUAGUUCUAUGUAGGACUAAAUAAAAGUGGCACUGGCUUUGUUUUUGGGUUAUUUUUUUAAAUUAUUAUGAUCAUGAUUAUUACAAUAUUAUGCUAAUUAUUUAUUCUUUUUG